AUGGACGACGAACUCGAGUCACCUACAAUCAACAAGGAAGCCUCCGCGCCGACGAGGGAAAAAGCCACUGGUAGAUUGAGUGGCUUGGGCAGGCCUGGAAGCGCAGCAAGCAUGACCAGACCUGCUGCGAUGCCGACACAAGGACAAGGGCACCAAAAGAGCAGAAGCAGUUUGAGUCAGCUGGGGAGAUUCACGAGGAGUACUGCUGCAAAAGCGACAGGUGGGACGUUGAAGAAGUAG